CGCGCGACGUCGCGCACGAACGAGAUGGCGUCCGAGAUGCCGUUCGCGCGCGAGCCGCACGACGCCAUGAGAAAUGGUCUCCCGGGCGCGAAAGCGGAGGUCUCGCACCUGAGCCGUCACCCGGUCGAGAUCAUCCAAGAGCAGGGUCCGGCGAUGGCCGCGGCGGAAAAGAGACACAUGCUCGCGAACACGUACGGCGUCGCGAUGCCCGCGCGGAUGGACAUCGAGGCGCAGUACCUGGCGAAGCAUCGCCGACUCCCCGGGCUCCCGUCGUCCAGGUUCGGCUCGGAGAUCAUGUCCGGCGACGUCGACAGGUUCGGGUUCGAGAGCUACCUGGAUAACCCCGCGGACCGGGCGGAGAUGCCGAGGGCGGGGCAGGACCUCCACAGCGUCAUGGAGGCUAGGCUAGGCUUGAACGCGCUCCCGGGGUACGGCCCGGGGUCGAAGCGUUGACGCGCGACGAGGCGCGUAGUUUUGAUUUUGACGUCGUCGAGUUUUUU